UCCACCAGAGAACACAGAGACGCAGAGACAGAGACAUUAAGAGUUUGCAACGGGAAUAGAAAGCUCUGGUCUUCCAGCAGCAAUCCUGUCUCUAUUUUUUAUUUAUUUCAAAGCCAUAUUUACAAGGAAUUGCAAUGCCAUUUUGCUUGACUUUGUGACCUUUUUAGAGUGUGUCCUCCUGUAAAGGUCUGGGAUUGUCGGCUGUUCUUCAUGAGCCCUUUCCACCACGGUGUUCUUUCCGAUACAACUCGCUGCUUCUUCGCCGCUUCUUCUUACGGACUCAACCGGCGCAUGCAGCAUCUUAUUUCUGUGGUUGGGAUGUUCGUUUUGUUUCCCUGACAUUCCAGCAGAGUCGAAGUGAAAGCGCUCGUUUCUUCCUCCGUGUUUCCUCCGGAGCGGAGCGGCGGCGGGAGCUGUCCGGUGCUGAAACUGCGAGCCCGUGCAGGAGGAGGCUGCAACAUCCUCAGCAUCCAACAAGACUAAACGGACAUCUGCCACUAAAUUGUGAAGGAAUGAAAGCACAAAUUCAAGGCACGAGGGACGUUUUUCUUGGAAAAUCAAUGCAGGACCUCGUGAUAUAAAUACUUUUUUUUAUUUUUGACCUUUUAUAGAGCUCCGCAAGUUGACUUGCAGUGUGAGAUGGGGCUGACUCAAACGAGUUAAAAUAUCGCACAGUGCAUGCCCAGCUUUAGCUGAAACAGAUAUAUUCCAAAGCACACGAAAAAAAUGAUUCAUUAAUAAUUAUUAGGUAGAGUAAAAAGAGAAAAGCACGUGAGGAAGGAUUGGUUUGUUUGGUCUGAAAAAGUCAUGUCUCCACUUUGGAGAUUGUUUGAUGGGAGGAAGCAAAUGCAACUUUAAAAGAGCAAUCUGAGUGAUUCAAAAUCAGCCGAUUCUGAUUGCUAGAUUCAGACUUAGAGAGAGAGAGUUGUAAAAAAAAAGAAGAAAAACCGUCUGUUCAUCCUAUGAGCAUAUAGCCUGUCCCAUCAUGCCUCGGUCUUUCUUAGUAAAGAAAGUCAAACUGGACGAUUUCUCGGCUGCUGAGCUGGACGGCUCUUAUGGUCACAGCCGGAGAGAAGAGAUCAGUCUGCGAUUCCAUCAUCAUGACAAAGGUUACGUCAGUGAUUAUCUUAGUCCAAAUCCUUACGAUGACGUGGUGGGAAGUGAUGCAUCGGUCAUCUCUAAAGCGCCCUCCCCGAGCCACUCGUCCCUCAUCUACGGCCAUAUCGACAACACCUACUCUGGUAUCCACGGUGACAUUCACGGUGACAUUCACGGUGAUUCGGACCAGCCAGACAGCCCUCGGUCCGAGGUGUCGUCGUCGGCCGGCGGGUACAUCAACGGAGACGCGGCUGUGAGCGAGGGAUACACAGUAGAUGCCUUUUUUAUCAUGGACGGACGGUCCCGAAGGAAAGCCACGGGAAGUGGAAGAGGAGCCAGCCAGCGGCACACCUGCAGCGAGUGCGGCAAAACCUACGCCACGUCCUCCAACCUGAGCCGGCACAAGCAGACGCACAGAAGCAUCGACAGCAAACUAGCCAAAAAGUGCCCCACGUGUGGGAAAGUUUACGUGUCUAUGCCUGCGAUGGCCAUGCACCUGCUCACCCACGAUCUCAAGCACAAAUGUGACGUGUGCGGCAAAGCGUUCAGCCGGCCGUGGCUGCUGCAGGGCCACAUGCGCUCACACACGGGCGAGAAGCCAUUCGGCUGUGCACACUGUGGGAAAGCCUUUGCGGACCGAUCAAACCUGCGUGCUCACAUGCAGACGCACUCAGCGUUUAAGCACUACAAAUGUAAACGUUGUAACAAGACUUUUGCACUCAAGAGUUAUCUGAACAAGCAUUAUGAGUCUGCAUGCUUUAAAGGGGCUUUCUCACCGCUGAGCUCGCUCGAUGAGUGAUGGAUUCAUAAACCACAGCUGAGUUUUUUUUUUUUUUUUUACUUUUUGCACAUCAUAUGUUACUGACUUUUGAGGAUUUAGCCCCAAAAGAAGAACUUGUUCAUACAACAAAAUUAUUUCUACUAGACUCAUGAAACAUAUGACAAAAAUAGAGUGAAGACAGCUCUGUUUUUGUCAACCUUCUUUGUGAAUCUGAAAAGUUUGCAAUCCCUUUUUUUAAAUGUCCACCCGCUUAACUAAGAUUUAUUCUUUUCAGGGUCUCUGAAGAUAAAGCACAGCACAUCUAGCUCACCAUUUUUUUAAGAUAACUAAAUCUGCUUGCAUUCAUAUGUAUACUUUUCAGAUUUGUAUUUAUUUAUUUAUUUAUUUAUUUAUUUAUUUAUUUAUUUAUU